UGCGUGUACGGCUAAUGAGUUUUCCGCUCACACAGAAAGUGGCUGAGUGUGCCUGAAUUUCCUAUUAUCAGCGCAAAUAAGCAUGUCUCCCAAUAUACGUCAAAAGCGUAAACAAACAACAAAAGCCUAUCAAUUCUCGGAUAAAGGGAAGAAGCUUAUCAGAUUGACAAGCACGGUCAAUAAGUCGACUGCAAGUGAUAUAACCACGCCAUUCGAAAUUCGAGCAUCAUCACUGCCAGCUAAUUCUUCUCCAUCUGACGGAUGGUCAACUGAUGAUGAAGCGGACCAUGUUGACGAUCUGCCAAGAUGUCAGACUGCAGCUGCCAAGCGUGCAGUACGCUGGUCUAACCUUUUUCCUGCGUUGCUCAAAGUCUAUAAAGAAGGGUAUAAGCAAGCACCGGUCUCAUAGGCACUCGAGCCUGCCAUCCAUAAGAUUUGCGGUUGCGCUGCUGAUAAAAAAGCCCACAAGGCUGUCGCCUGUAUCUUUUAAGUGCGGUAUUCGACAGUUUGACAUCGAAUACUGCAAGUCGUGCCCUGACUACGGUUUGCCUUUGGUGCUAAUGCGCAGUCAUAAGGUUCCUCUGACGCCAAAAGCCCCCGGCCAUGCAGUGCAUAUCAAGUCGAUGCAGACAAAUCACAAUUUGCAUUACAUUUGCCGCGUCUCUGUGCACAAUAUUGCAAAAUGGCUACAAGCAGAUUUUGAGCAAGAGGUUCCUGCUUCUCUCAAGUCUCGCUUGAACGAUGCGCUGCCUAUCUUUGGCAGAAUACUUCUAAGCUUGAAAAAGCAGUUGAGGAAAGAGUUCGGUGUAGAGAACAAUGUCUGCCCAGGUUGCAGAUACGUGGUACUGUAGUGAUUCAAUUUUUUUGAUUUAAAAUUAAGAUAUACAAAAGUAUGCCUACAUAUUUUUAUGGUUGUCAUGGUUAAAUCUAUGGUAGGAGCACGAAAAGACUAUAGCACUAGACGGAAGCUUCCAGCUACGGCGCUUUCGUCACGUAAAGGAUGUCCAGGGUGUAAAGUUUAAAGAUGAAGAAGAAGUGAACAUGCUCUGGGUUAACGAU